AUGUCCUCAGGAUUAAUGACUCAAGAACAUCGUGAAAUCCUAAGAGCCAGUCGAAUGUUACUUGCUCGAAAAUGUCAGGAUCAAAUCUCACCGAUAUGUGAAUGUUUAUUUGAAGCGAAUAUAUUAACAUCAUACCACAAACAAAUAAUCGAAUCUAAAUCGACGGCUUUUGAAAAAGUUUGCACUUUAUUGGAUAUUCUGCCUGAGCGUGGUGAUAGAGCCUUUGAUGAGUUUUGCGAUGCUUUAACAUAUUGUGAAAUAACAGUGGAAAACUUCAAUAGUGGUCGAAAACCGAAAAACUCUAAAGAUAUUAAAAAAGACACAGAAUCUGAAACUAGUCAACAGGAAGGAAUAGCAAUACAAAACGAUAUGGAUCCAAUACAAGAUGAUCUUAAAAGGCCUGAUAUCUUUAUAGAUAUCGCUGAUAAUGCAAAGUCAAUCAAAGUAAUCGAACUUGGUCGAAAGUUACGAUUAUCUAAUAAUGAUGUUGACGAUCUAGCCAAUUCGAAUGGUAACAGAUUUGAUAAGUUUAUUCAUCUGUUGGAGGAAUGGUACUCUCAAUUUGCCUCUGCAGCAACGUUUGAUAAAUUAUUAGAUGCUUUGCGUUCUUGCAAUGAAGUAGUAGUGGCUGAGAAGUUGAAAAAGAAAUACUCUAUAUCAAGCAAAAGUGGAGGUCGAAAACCGAAAAACUCUAAAGAUAUUAAAAAAAACACAGAAUAUUCUUACCUGGAAUUUAAUUACGCACAUAAGCAUCGAAAGACAAUAAAACCUAUCAUCAUCAAAGAUGUUGAUCCAAAGAAGGAUUUGAUAAGUUCAGAUGGCGAGAGAGAUUUCUAUGUUUUAGUUAGUGGUAAGGUCUACACUAAAAUUCUUCGUCAAAAGCAAACAGAUGAUGAAUUCAAGAAAAAAUUAGAGAAACUAUAUGAAAGUAUCGUCAAACCUAAGCCAGAGACCAAAUCGAGUCAACAACAACUUAGCCCUGCGAAAGACGAAGUUGACAAGAUGGAUACAGAAACGGCUCCAGGUAAAUUAUAA